UUUAUUGCGGCGGUUCGGUCGUUAUUCGGGCAAAAUUAAAAUAAACUUUGUCGGCGCCCAGCAAAACUCAGAGCGAAACGAAAUGCGGCUGCAAAAAUCUAUCUAAAUUAAUUGUAACUACUUAAGGUCAGCCAGUGCUGUCCCGUUAAGUGAAAGAGUCAAAAUUUAAGUCACACAACGGCUAGAACAGCGCGUGCCCCUUUUCCCCUCUGUUGUAAUCGUGUUCGUUGUGCGUGGUUUAGUUCAUGUGUGUCGUCACGGGGAAAAAGUGAAAUUAGCUACCCAUAGGAAUUCAAUCUCUACAAGGGAUUCUCCGCCUGUCCGAACUUGGUGUGUGUCCAAGUUGUACUGUGUUUUGUGAAGUGAUUUUAAAUAAAAUAACAAAGCUGGCCCAGUUACAGGCAACAAGCGAUAAGCUAUCCUCGUUCCUCCUGAACAUGGACGAGGAGGAAGAGGAAGUCACCGAUCUGAAACUGCAAUUGUUUCACAAUACAGUACGCGAGCACAUUAUUUUCUUGCUGCUGAUCAUUUUGCUGUACUUUAGCUCCUAUGUUGUUGUCUCACGUUUUCGGCGACGCGAUCGUGACGAUCUCUAUUCGAAUGACGAGGACGAGGUGCUGGUCUAUCGCAUAAGCUUUUGGCUCUGCACAUUCACACUGGCAGUUGCCGAAGGGGCUGCCAUGCUGCUCCCGGUAUCCAUAGCCAGCAAUGAGGUGCUGCUCUUGUAUCCGAACAGUUACUAUGUGAAAUGGCUCAACAGUUCCCUCAUACAAGGUCUCUGGAAUCAUGUGUUUCUAUUCUCCAAUCUGUCACUGUUCAUCUUUCUGCCAUUCGUGUAUUUGUUCACCGAAUCCACGGGUUUUGUGGGCCACAAGAAGGGCAUACUGCCGCGCGUCUAUGAGACCUUCACGGUAUUCAUGCUAAUGGCCGUCAUUGUCCUGGUAAUAACUGCCGUUCUCAGCGCAGUUUUUGGGAUACAAAAAUUGCAAUUCUUUUGGUUUUUAAAUCUGGGCAGUGUUCACCUGCCGUUCCUUUAUUCUUGUGUCUCGUUUCUGGGCGUCAUGCUAAUGCUGAUUUGCACUCCCUACGGCUUUGUGCGUCUGUUUGGCGUUGUCAACCAGGUGCUGGUGCGUCCAAUGCUGCGGCGGGAUGUGAACGAGGAGUUCAGCGCCUUCUACAUGGAGGAGGCGAGCGUCAAGCGGAAGUUGGCCCACAUUGAGCUGCAUAACGUGAGCAUUUCGGAUGCCACCAACGGCCAUCGCAAUGGACGCAGUCGUGGAUAUCUGCCACCGUCUCUGCUGCAACAGUCGUACGUUCAUCUCUAUCAGCGCAAGGCGAUGGGUCACGAUGUGAGCGAAGAGCAGCAGCAGCUCAACGAAAGACUGAGAGAGUUGGACUGUGAGCGCAAGGAGCUGGACAAGCAGCGCAAGUCGAGCACCUUCCAGCGUACAUUUGUCUAUCCGCUGGCCAUGCUGCUGCUGCUCUUCUGCACGGGCAUGACCAUUCUGUUGGUGGUGCAAAAUACGCUCGAGCUGCUCAUAGGAAUCAAAGCUCUCCCGCUGAGCACAAGGCAAUUCACGCUGGGCAUUUCAUCGCUGUCGAAGCUGGGACCCUUUGGCGCCGGACUGGAGGUCUGCCUCAUCUUUUAUCUGGGCGCCACCUCUGUGGUGGGCUUCUACAGCAUGCCGUUCAUGCGGAAUGUGCGCCCCAAGCGGCACCAGACCUCACUGCCCCAGCUAAUGCUCAACUGUGGCUUCAUGCUGGUUCUGUCCUCGGCCCUGCCGCUGCUCAGCAGGAUUAUAGGCAUUACAAACUUCGAUCUGCUGGGAGACUUUGGUGCCAUCGAGUGGCUGGGAAAUUUCCAAAUUGUUUUGCUCUACAAUCUGGUGUUUGGCACAACCACAGCGUUGUGUUUGGCCAACAAGUUUUCGGCCACCGUGCGACGUGAGCUGCGUGCCCGGUUAGUGGAAAACUAUGUGCUCUUUACUAACUACAUGAGCUUCAUCAACUGAUAUCUGCGUAAGCGACGCCACACUGUGUCUCUCGUGCAGCUGCAGAGAUGCUUUGUCGAGUCGCCGCUUACGAGUUUAACUAGAUUCUAUGCCAAGUAUCAUAAUUUAAGUUUUAGAAGCAGUCGCAAUACCACCGCUAGUCGCAACACAAACGAAAUGAACUGUUGAGAGAUAUAAGGUUGAGAUAUAUGGGUAAACUGACCGCAAGACAUAUACAUACAUAUAUAAUACAUACCUUAUACAUAUGUUCUAUAUACACGUUUAGUUUAAACAGAA